AUGUUCCUGAAACAGUUCACCGGACCCAUGCAGAUCAUGAUCGAGUGUGCUGCGUUGUUGUGCUUUCUGAUCCACAAUUGGCCCGACUUCACCAUCAUCAUGGUCUUGUUGUUGACCAAUGGCACCUUGGGAUUCUUCGAAGAGAAGACCGCACAGGCCUCGGUGGACGCUUUGAAGGCGGGUCUGGAGAAGAAGAUGCCGGUGAAGAGGAAUGGCAAGUUCGACAGCAUCCCGGUGGUUCAAGUGGUCCCUGGGGACAUUCUCUUCAUGCGCGGCGGCGACAUCGUGCCAGCAGACUGCUACUGGUUGGAGGGCGAUCCAUGUCAGGUGGAUGAGGCGGCGUUGACAGGGGAGUCCCUGCCAGUGAAGGUUCCCCGAAAGGAUGACCAUGGGAAGCAAUUCUCAGGUCGUCAAAUGUGGUCUGGAUCUAUCCUUAAGGUGGGCGAGUGCCAAGCAGUGGUGAGCCACACUGGGGUCAAUACGAUGAUUGGCGAAGCUGCAAAGGCGAUCCAAGAUGCCAGCGGAAAGGACGAUGGUUUUGUGCGGUGA